AGGGCGGCGUUGCGUUCAGCUUCAUUUAAACUUUCCUCCGCGGAGCACCGGGCCACACCGACUCUCCGCCAGCAGCUCCGCCGCGCUCCGGUCGCCCUCUCUCGGCCAUGGCUUCCGUGGUCUGCCGGGUCCAGUACCUGGACGAUUCGGACCCGUUCAUCUGCACAAACUUUCCCGAACCGCGGAGACCUCCGCCGGUGACGGUGGUGGAGGACCAGCCGCUGAGCGAGCAGAUCUCCGGGAUCCACAAGCUGCUCGAGGCGCCGCUGAAGCUAGAGGACUGCACCCUGCAGCUCUCCACCAGCGGCAGCUACCUGGACCUGGACUCGUCUCUGGCCGAGCAGCGGGACGAGCUGGACACUUUCUACCAAGAUGUGGCGAAGGGAAAGAAGCCCAUCCUGAUCCUGAGGACUCAGCUCUCUGUGCGCGUCCACUUCAUCCUGGAGAGGCUGUACAACUCCAAAGGUCCGGAGCUCAGGCGCUGUCUGUUCUCUCUCAAACAGCUCUUCCAGGACGAUAAGGAUCUGGUCCCAGAGUUCGUGGCGUCUGAAGGCCUGACCUGUUUCAUCAAAGUCGGAGCAGAAGCCGACCACAACUACCAGACCUACAUCCUGAGAGCUCUCAGUCAGAUCAUGCUGUUUGUGGACGGCAUGAACGGCGUGAUAAGCCACAACGAGACGGUCCAGUGGCUCUACACGCUGACCGGGAGCCCGUCUCGCCUGCUGGCCAAAACGGCGCUGAAGCUGCUCAUCGUCUUCGUGGAGUACGCCGAGUCCAACAGCCCCCGUCUGAUCGGCGCCGUCAGCCGGGUCGACUCGCAGAGGGGUGUGCUGCCCUGGACCAACAUCGUGGAGGUUCUGGAGGAGAAGAACGGCGCCGACACCGAGCUGCUCAUGUUCACCAUGACGCUCAUCAACAAGACUCUGGCGGUGCUGCCCGACCAGGACUCCUUCUACGACGUGACGGACUGUCUGGAGCGGCUGGGCAUGGAGGCCAUCAUCCGUAAACACAUGAGCAACAAGGCGACGGAGCCGGACCUGAAGGCCCAGUUCUCCACCUACGAGACGGCUCUGCGGCACGAGGACGGCGACAUCGAUGACUCCACCUCCCACCGCCGUAAGGAGAGAAGGAAGAUGGCCGCCGGCGACCAGGAGGGGAGGCGGAGCCGCCGCUCGUCCAAUCAGAACCUCCCGGACCUGCUGUCCUCCUCGCCCACCGCCUCGCCCGUCCUCUCCCCGUCCUCCACCAUAUCCACGCCGUGCGGCACGCCCACGCUCGACAGCACCGUCUCCUCGCCGCUGUCCUCCGAGCCCGGCAGCGCCGCCUCCAGCCCGUCCGGGUCCAGGAAGAGCUCUCCUCUGCCCCCCCACGCGGCCGCCGGCGCCGACCCGUCCCCAGAACCGGAGACCCAGACCCCGCCCAGCCCGAGUCGCUCUUUCCUCAGCCAUCACCUGUCAGCUCUGGGUCUGAGCAGGAAGUCCCGGCUCUUCUCCAAAUCCAGCUCCAUCUCGGAGGAGCCUCCGUCCGGCUGCAGCUCGUCUCCAUCGGACCUCUCGCAUCAGGAGAACCCGGAGCAGAACCCGGAGCAGAACCCGGAGCAGAACCCGCAGCAGAACCCGGAGCAGAACCCGGAGCAGAACCCGGAGCAGAACCCGGAGCAGCCCGGCAGCCGACCGGAGCCCAAACCUCGUCCAAACUCAGUGGAGGCCGAGGAAGUCCUCUGCCCAGGGGACUGCGAUGUGUCUCAGAACAAGCCGGUUCUGAGGAAGUUCCAAGGCACCUUCCUGCGCAGCCUGGCAGUCGCUCAAUGGGAGAAGAAGAGAAGAAGUAAACAGUUCAACCAACCACAGCUGUCCCUUUCUGAUGAUGUCAUAACAGCAAGCCCCCAGCCAGCAGACGAGCCGAGCGGCAGCGCGGCGCCUGGACGACCCGCUUCGGUUUCCGGCCCCCUGGACUCCGCCGCAGACUCCAGGAACGACCCAGCGGUUCCUGGGCGGCGGCCGUGCAGCAUGCUGUCUGACGAUAAGAUGUUUCUGCUGGAUAUGAUGUACUCCAACUCCUCUGCCGCAGUGCCUCUGAGCCCGACUGGUGCUGCGCCGGACACCACCGAAGAAGAAGAGAAGAGCUUCCCGGCUGGUGAAGAACGCCGCGGCCGCCUCUCGGAGUCGGUGUCUAACUUCGGAGCGUGCUCAGUGGAGUCCGCCGCCGGCGACCAGGAGGGCGGCGCCACCCGCAGGGAGGAGCUGGAGGGUCUGGAAGGCUCGACCCGGGCGGCCCGGGCCCGGCUGGCCGAGGAGCAGAAGAACCGUUGGGUCCAGAAGCAGAGCAGCGUGGAGCAGGAGACUCCUGGCCGGCGCCGCCUGGAGAAGAUGGCCUCUCUGGGUCCGGCCGACGCCUGGGACCAGCUGCAGCCCAGCGGGUCCGACCUGCGCAUCAAAGACCUGGACUUCUCCGACCUGCUGGACGAGGAGGACAUCGAUGUCCUGGACAUGGACACCUUUGACUCCACCUCUUCCUCCUCCCGUCUCUCAGCUGUCCCUCCUCCUCCUCCUCUGCCGGGCGGGGCUGUGCCCCCUCCUCCCCCUCCUCCUCCUCUCCUGGGUGCUCCUCCUCCUCCUCCUCCUCCUCCUCCGCCCCCUCCAGGAGGUGGGAUCCCUCCCCCCCCUCCCCCUCCCCUGGGCUCUCCUCGUUCGCCCGGCUUGUCCUCAGGACCCAUGAAGAAGAAGAAGACGGUGAAGCUGUUCUGGAAGGAGCUCAAGCAGCCAGAGAGUCCCCAGAAGUGCCGCUUCGGUCGGGGGACGGUGUGGGCGUCCCUGGACAAGGUGGAGGUGGACACGUCCCGCCUGGAGCACCUGUUCGAGUCCAAGAGCAAGGAGCUGCCUGUUGCCAAGAAAGGACCAGAGACCAAAAAGUCUGAGAUUCUGGUUCUGGACCCAAAGAGGAGCAACGCCAUCAACAUCGGUUUGACCGUCCUGCCCGCCGUCCACGUCAUCAAGAGCGCCAUCCUCAGCUUUGAUGAGUUCGCCAUCAGCAAGGAGGGCAUCGAGAAGAUCCUCACCAUGGUUCCUACUGAUGAGGAGAAGCAGAAGAUCCAGGAGGCCCAGCUGACCAAUCCUGACGUCCCCCUGGGAACAGCCGAGCAGUUCCUGCUGACGUUGGCCUCCAUCAGUGCCCUGAACGCCCGUCUGCAGCUCUGGGCCUUCAAACUGAACUACGAGGUCCAGGAGAAGGAGAUCGCAGAGCCGCUCUUUGACCUGAAGCUGGGCAUGGAGCAGCUGGCGUCCAAUCAGACCUUCAGGAGAAUCCUCGCCACGCUGCUCGCCAUCGGAAACUUCCUCAACAGCACCAACGCGAAGGGCUUCGAGCUGAGUUACCUGGAGAAGGUGGUGGAGGUGAAGGACACAGUCCAUCGUCAGUCUCUGCUGCACCACACCUGCAGUCUGGUGACGGAGAAUUACCCAGAAUCCACCGACGUCUACACAGAGAUCCCUGCCAUCACCCGAUCUGCUAAAGUGGACUUCGACCUGCUGGCGGAGAACCUGUUCCAGCUGGAGAGACGCUGCAAAGCAUCAUGGGACAACCUGAAGGUGGUGGCCAAGCAUGAAACCAAGGCGGUGCUGAAGAACAAGAUGACGGAGUUCCUGAAGGACUGCACGCAGAGGAUCAAGAUUCUGAAGGUGGUCCACAGGAGGGUCAUCAACAGGUUCCACUCCUUCCUGCUGUUCCUGGGUCAGCCGUCCUUCUCCGUCCGCGACAUCAAGGUCACCAACUUCUGUCGGAUCAUCAGCGAGUUCGCCCUGGAAUACCGCACCAACCGAGAACGGGUCCUCGCCAUCAAACGCAAACGAGCCAUCCACCGUGAGCGGACCAAGACCCGGGGAAAGAUGAUCACAGAGACGGAAAGGUUUUCGGGGGCGGUGCCUCGUCAGGACAGCCCCUCACCGGUCUCCAUGGCAGCAGAACCGGGUUCUGACCAGGAGGAAGAGCACGAAAACAUGAAGAACCUUCUGAUCAGCAGCAACAACCUGACAGUGAAUCCUGGAGGCCUGAGGCGAUCCAGAGCCAUCCGCAGUAUGCCGAGUCAGCCCAGACCGUCCGUCCCCAGAGAGGACGAGGCCAGCUCUCAGGACGAUGACAUCAUGGACCGACUGGUCAAGUCCGUGACCCAGAACCCGUCGGACAGAACCGCCAGCCCAAAGAGCCGCAAACGGUCCCGCCUCAACAGAAAGUCCAUGAGGCGGACUCUGAAGAGCGGUCUGGGUCUGGACGUGGUCCAGGCUCUGGGUCUGCACGCCACCAAGCCAGGAGACCAAGUCUGAGCGUGACGGGUCCGGGCUGCAGAACCUUCAGAACCUUCAGAACCAGCAGAGGUCAGGAGGCGCGGCUCGUCUGGAUCUUCUGGCUUUUAUCUUCUGAUCUCUCGUCUGUUUUCACAUGAACCUUCAGCGCCGCUAAACCGCAGCUCAGACUGUUUGUUCUGGUUCUGCGGCCCGUUAUCAGGCUGCUGAUCUGUUUGUGCUUCAGACCACAGCUAACUACCGGGUCAUUGGUUCUGGUCCAGAAAGGCACAGCCUGAGCGAGGAUCUGCACAUGGAUCAGGCCUCCAGAACCCUCCAGAACCUUUAAAUGUUUGCUGUACGUUUUCUCAGCUUGUAGUCGGCCUCCUCAGGGUCCGAUCAGCUGUUCUCCUCAGGUUUCCAGGAGGUUCUGGUCCUGCUCCGAGCUUCCGGACCUCUUUCCGGACCUCUGUUCGUGCCUGUUGUACUGAACUCCUUCACGGUGUCGCACGGACUCACUCAGACGUCACGGAACAUCUCACACGUUCCUCAGAGCUUGGAAGGUUCUGCCACAGUCCGGGUCGGUUCUGAGACAGGUUCUGAUAGGGACUGUGUGGGUCACAUGGAGCUGGUACCGGACUGCUCGCCUGCACCACGUGUGAUGGCUGGUUCUUGCACUUUGAGAUGUUCUGGUGUUCUUUGUUCUUCUCCAGAUGAGUUUUAAUGUUCUGCUGUUAAUAAAGGUUUCUAUAAAUCAGA